AUGGGUGUGUUGGCGGAGGGUGUGGUUAUGGUGACUGAAUCAGAAUUGGAGAGAUUGAAGCAUGCUUUGAAGCUGCUUUCCGAUGCUGAGAAACAGCUAAGGGUUUCAAAUGAACGUUCAACAUGGUUCACUGCAACCCUAUUACAGUUAGGUUCUGUCCCUUCAACAGAUCCUCAUGCGGGAAGCAUGACUGAAUCAGAAUUGGAGAGAUUGAAGCAUGCUUUGAAGCUGCUUUCCGAUGCUGAGAAACAGCUAAGGGUUUCAAAUGAACGUUCAACAUGGUUCACUGCAACCCUAUUACAGUUAGGUUCUGUCCCUUCAACAGAUCCUCAUGCGGGAAGCAGUAGGAGACAAAGCUCUAAGACAACUGAGGAAGAUCAAACUUGUACUUUUAGAGAGGAUACUACCCAAAUGCAGAAGCCUAAUGCUCACUAUGCACCUCGAAAGUCAACUCCUCCUAUAUCCUGGCCUAAACCAGUUCACCAAAAUACAACCAAUAAUGAAUAUCUGCAUUUCAUAACAGACGGGGUCAGUUUCACUGCCAAGUCUACUCACAGCACUCUGGAUGAUAUAUGGGUGCAAUGCAUUGAAAGGUGCCAUUCAAAGACACUGAGGCUGCUGCUUCAUACUUAUGGAAAGCUUGUGUCAAUCUCUGAAAUUGAAGGUGGUUUUGUUGCUUAUAUUGCCUUUCGGGAUAGAGAUAUCAAAACCAGAGCUGAAAGGUUCCUUAGCAGUAUUACAAACUCGUUUGAAAUUGUUUUACAACGCAAUAUAGAGGCUAGAAUUAUAUUUUUGCCGGAUGGUGAUACCUCUAUAAACAGUGCAAACCCAGCUGUGCUACCAGAUUCGUUAGGUCCAAAGCUGACGGAAACAAAUCGUCCAAUUAACGUGGAAAGAAAAAUUAUUUGCAACAAUGCAAAAGAUAAUUCUGAGCUUGAUUCACAUCCGGAGCCACUGACGUUAUCCACAGGAAGUUUUAAUGAUGCUGAAGCUAAAUCCGCCGGACCCAGUGAAUCGGCUGCUGAAAAUACUAAACUGACCGGUAUAAAAGACCGGAAGCCAGAGAUUCCAGUGCAGAGAAUAGAAUCCAUUAUCCGAGAGCAGAGAUUAGAAACUGCUUGGUUACAGGCUGUGGAGAAAGGCAUCCCUGCAACAAUGAGCAAUCUGAAGCCUGAGAGAAAUCAAGUCCUGCCUCAAGAUGGUAUCCCUUACCAUAAUCAAAUAGAAUCAAUGAAUUCCAUGGAUUUAUCGUCUAAGAAUUGGCAAGAUGAGUUAAACCAUGAAGUCAAACUUUUGAAGAUUAAUGAUGCAAGGUGCCUGCAGAAGGACCAGCUUGGUCAAAGGACUAAUCAUUACCCAAUGUCACCAAGUUUGUUGCAUGAUAGCGGUUUUGUUGCCAAUCUCAGCAAAGAGAACAUGGGAUAUGAAUCAGGGACCGGAGAUGGAGGUUGCAGUGGGCUUUUUUGUUGGAAUAAUGCCAGACAUAAUAAAAGGGGGAAGCUUCAGCAAGGGACUCCGGUGCAUUCACAUAAAAGUGGACGAUUUUUAUGGUUUGGAGAGUGUGCAAAGCCAAGGAAGAUGGCGAGUAGGUCCAGAAGCUAAUAAAGGGGAGCAAAAAACUGUCGCUGAUAAUCUGCUGUUAGUUUCCAUCUCAUUUUUUUUCUAUAUUUAUUUUUCCAGUUCAGCCAUUUUUCAUUGAUUUGAGGGGUGAUGAAGAUAAGAUGGUGUUAAGUUUUUAUACCUGGGCUUCUGCAUUUCUUUUGGUUAAGCCAAUUUUUAUGGGAUCAAUAGAGACGAUAUAUCUCAGAUUGUACCAUGUCUAGUGCUUCAAGGGACUUUAGUUGUAAACUUCUUGUCAUUGCCUAAUUUAGUUGCUGUGGUACUUACAAGAAGUACCCAAAAUAUCGAAAGAAAAACAAAUGGAGAAGUGUAUUUGCUUUAGACAGUAAAGACUGUUGUAGAAGAAUUGAAUCACAG